ACAUGACAGUUAUCCAGCGCCCUCAUUGGCUUAAACAAAGUUUCACUUCAUGUCUGCAACAAAUAAAAGAGAAAUCUGCACGAUCAUCUUUCACAUCUUUCACAGAAUUUACAUAUCCUUACGAAAAAAAAAGAGACAUGGAUUUGCAUUUUCUGUCGCAGAAGUCUCCCUGCCGAAGCGCCGUGGGAAAGGGUCGAAGGAGAGUCUGCGCCAGUUCUGACACCGAUGUCGAGACGAGGGUCCUGGUUAUAAACACUGGCGGAACCAUCGGAAUGAUCUUGCAUGACGGCGUUCUGUCUCCAGAACCAAACGCUCUUGUUAAAACUCUACGCACACUCCCCAUUCUGCAUGAUGAGAAGUACGCACAAAAGACAAAGCUGUAUGAAAGUUACAAGCCUGAGGGGAAAACACUGGUGCUGCCACGAUCCAAACUGGAUAAGAGGGUUGUGUAUACGUUUUUAGAGUACUCUCCCCUGCUUGACUCCAGCAAUAUGACUCCAAAUGACUGGAUCACUAUUGCAAAAGACAUCGAGAAAUACUAUGAGGAAUAUGAUGGCUUUGUUGUUCUGCAUGGCACUGACACCAUGUCUUACACCGUCUCUGCCUUAUCAUUCAUGUGUGAGAAUCUGGGAAAGCCUGUCAUCCUCACUGGCUCACAGGUGCCCAUCUUUGAGAUGAGAAGUGAUGGGAGGGACAACCUGUUGGGGGCGCUAUUGAUUGCAGGACAGUUUGUCAUCCCUGAGGUUUGCCUCUAUUUUCACCAUAAGCUGUACAGAGGCAAUCGUGUCACCAAGGUGGACUCUGGAAGCUUUAAAGCAUUUGCCUCACCAAAUCUUCCGCCAUUAGCCAAUGCUGAAGUUGACAUCAACAUUAACUGGGACACUGUGUGGCGACCAAGCACAACUGCCAAAUUCACCGUCAACACACAAAUGAACCUCAAUGUGGGUCUCCUGCGACUCUUCCCAGGGAUUACUACCGAUACAGUCAAGGCUUUCUUGAAGGCUCCCAUGGAGGGUGUCAUUUUGGAGACCUACGGCAGUGGUAACGCCCCUGAUAACCGCCAAGACUUGCUGGAUGAGAUCCGUAAAGCGACUGAGAGAGGACUCAUCAUUGUCAACUGCACUCAGUGCCUCAGGGGCACAGUCACAAUAGCAUACGCUACUGGCCAGGCUCUGAGUAAUGCAGGCGUGGUCGCUGGGUUUGAUAUGACUCCAGAAGCUGCUCUUUCAAAGCUCUCCUAUGUGCUGGCAAAACAAGACAUCAGUACAGAAGAGAAGAAGAAGAUGCUGAGUCGCAAUCUGCGUGGUGAGAUGGUAGCUGACCUGGAGGGUGCAAAGCUCUCUCUCAGCGACAGUCGCUUUAUUCAGGUCAUCGCCAGGUCCCUCAGCAUGGGCUGUAAAGAGGAGCUUGAAGCCAUACGAAAUGCGCUAACGCCCACUCUGGCCUGUGCUGCUGCUAAGAAUGGAGAUACUGAGGCUUUAGAGGCCAUAAGGGAAAUGGGCACAGACUUGAGCAUGGCAGAUUACGAUGGCCGAACUCCCCUUCACAUCGCCGCAUGUGAGGGGCAUCUGAAAGUGGUGCAGUAUCUGCUGAGUAAAGGGACCACCUUUUAUGUCAAAGAUCGCUUUGGAGAUAAACCCCUUCACAAUGCCAUUCACUUCAGGCAUAAGGAUGUUGUGGAGCUGCUGAGGAAGAGUGGAGCUCACCUCUCCCAAGAUGAAUUGAAGGAUAAUGAAACAGAGCUGUGCCGUCUUGCUGCAAGUGGUGACUUGGAGGGAUUGAAGAUUUGGAAGUUAGCUGGGGUUAAUAUGGCCGUGUCCGGUUAUGAUGGAAAGACACCUAUUGAAGUGGCAAGAGCCUUUAAACAUAAGGAGGUUGUGGACUUCCUACAGGGUGCUUAGGGCCAAACUCAGAAUGGCAAGUUUAUUGAGCUUACUUGGCCAACAAGAUCCUGAGGCUGUCCUGCUUGCUGUCACUUUCUGCCAUAAUCAUCUGUCCAGCUUCUCAUUUUUAGCAAAAGUAUGGGUGCCCCCUUGGAGGCUGGUUUGGUGGCACGCUGUGCACUCCGCAUAGAGAGCAGCAGUACUAUCAGUAUCACCUUGUUAUUUUUCUGCUGUCCCUUUAAAUGAAAAUUAAAUGGCAUCAUAUCUUUGGAGGAAAAACAACUGUGGUGGAUUUUUAAACAUAAUCAUAAUUAACUAACAACUGACAUUUCUUUUCCCCUAACGUUUAACUCUUGAGAAUAGAAAAGUAUUCACUAAGACUGAGUGUGUUGUGUGUUGUAACAGUGGAAAUGUUUGCCAUGCUGGCUAUAUAGCAUUCAGAUUAAAAAGUCUGUAAUAAUUCCUUGACAUAUUGAGUAAUUAACAAACUAUUAGCCUUGUGAUUUUGAUGGGACUGUGAUUCAAUGAUUCUGAACUCAUUUUGCUCUGCCAGUAACAGAGGAAGUAGGUAGAGGCUUGUUUUGCUCAAAUCUGAACCAAUCAUAUUAGACUGACAACAGUGAGUAAUAAAUCAUGUUAUUUUGACUGUGUUAUGUACCUUAGGUCUUAUAAAAACCUGCUGUAUUCUUUUUGCUGGUGAGAUUUUCUGAGAACUCUUCUGGACAUUAUUAAAGGAUUCAAGGACA